AUGCUUUCCAUGGCGCGCCGCUGCCCACGCUUCGUCGUCAACGCCUUCAAUACGAAGAUUGCUCCGUUCUCUCCCAGUUUGCAGCGAACCGAGCAGACGACCGCAUCAAGCGACGAAUUGGCUGUUGCCUUUCUGCUCAAAGCCGUGGUGCGAGAGGACAACCUGGCCAAGAUGUCGGACCUCUUCCACACUCGUUUCCCAGGAUUGGUGUGCACAGUCACAGCCGGAGGAGCCGUAGCCGAGAGAAAGACAACUGCCACUCGAAUCGCGGGGACCAUCCGCCUCUUUGGGAUGGACCAGGUUGGUCAGCUCGCCAAAAUCUCGGAGGUCCUUCAUGCUUGCGGCAUGACCAUCCUCAACCUGUAUGUGACGACCGGCGUCUGUGACGUGGAGACCUGUGAGUUUGUGGUGCGCGAGGGCGGUCCUCUCUCCGAGAACGUCAUCACUGUGGCAGCGAUGAACAAGGAGACCUUUGAAGAGGAGGCCUUCCGAAACGAGGUGGAGGACGCCUCCCAAGAGGUAGGCUACGCUGUGACAUCGAUCAUCCUUGCUGCUCGGUUCCAAGGCACUACCUAUGCAAACAUACGGUGUGCGGUGUGCAAGAAGGCGUGCAUUUUUACUGAAACACACGUGGACUCAAGCAGUCAAUAUCUGAAGAUAGGUGUUUUCGUUCUGAUCCUGCUGAACCUUGUCAUGCUUGGCCUUGAGAUCGACCAGUCAGCAUCUUUGCCCCCGGGAGAGUCGCCGCCGUUCUUCGCGGAGAUCAACCUCGUGAUCGUUUUCGUAUUUACAGCUGAAGUGGUGCUUAAGCUGGCUGCGUAUGGCUGCAGAGGAUAUUUCAUGGGCAUCGAGAAGAUGUGGAACUGGUUUGACAUGAUCGUUGUUGCUUUGUCUUUGUUCGAGGUGGUCGUAGAGCUUCUCAGCUCCAUCCUCUUCGCUCAGAUGGACGCCAACCAACUGCGAGUCAUGCGAUUGGCAAGGCUAGCACGGAGCCUCGGUGAGCAAGGCUCUUUGACUAGUAAGGUCAUGCGAGGGACGCUGGAUGGCUAA